AUGCUACUUCAAAUACUCCGGGCCCUUCGAGGGCCUGAGGCCUCUACUAUCGCCCUUGCAGUUAUAACCCCAGUCCUGCUGAUGAGCCUUGGCCUGGCUCUCAUCGUCUACAAUGGAGAUGCGGCUUCCACGCGCAGAAGGCUGAGGCAUCUACGGGAUAUCAGCGUGCGCAAGAGCAACAUGGCGGACCAGUUCGACCGCAAGUACGCUGCGCCAGAGGGUACUAAAACGACUGGACCCGUCCGGAUCAAGUCCAUCUACCUCCACCCGAUCAAGUCGUGCGGCUUUGUCGAGGUGAGCCGGGCCCUUCUCACCAAGACCGGGUUUCUGUAUGACAGGUGCUUCGCGCUGGCCACGGAGGCCGCCGACCCCGAUACCGGAGUAGUGUCGUGGAAGUUCAUCAGCCAGCGCACCAAGCCCCAGAUGUGCCACAUCCAGACGGAGAUCUGGGUGCCGCGCGAGGACGCCGACCGGAGCGACCCGCUGGUCCAGGCCGGCGGCUGUGUCGUCGUGACGUUCCCGGACCCGGAUCCCUCGUCUUGGGUACAGCGGCUCGAAGCGUUCUGGGAUCCCUCGGCAGCCCCCAAGGUCUCAUGCGUCGUGCCCCUGCAGCCCACGCCCGCCCUGGCAGACGAAUACGACAUCAACCUCAGGACCUUCGGCAUCCACGCGCGCGACGCUAGCGGCCUCGACAUGGGCAAGAUCCCCACCGUCGCCGCCGUGCUGCCGAAGCUGAAGAGGUUCCUGGCGAUCCCCGAGAACCGGGGCCUCACGCUCACGCGGUGCACCCCGGAGACCCUGGUCCGCACCGACAGGAACCUGGCGCCGCUCGAACACAUCGGCUCGCCCGCGGUUCACGGCUACACCGACCAGCAGCCCGUCAACAUCAACAGCCUGUCCUCCGUCCAUGCCGUGUCCGCCCUCCUGCCCGCCGAGAACCGGCCCCUGAACGCCCUCCGCUUCCGGGCGAACCUCUGGAUCACAGGCGCGCCGGCGUUCGCGGAGGAGUCGUGGAAACGUUGCCGGAUACUUCCCGGGAGGCCGCCGAGUGGGGAUUCUAAGCCGGAGCCGGAGCCGGAGCCGCGGGCUGCCGUGUCGCCGAAGCUGUCCGUCGUCUGCCGGACGUCGCGGUGCACCAUGCCCAACGUCAACCUCGAGACGGCGACCUUCGACUCGGACGCGCCGUCUGCGGAGAAGAAGAAGGGCAAGCCGCAGCCGAGCACGACGCUGAUCGAGUACCGCACCCCGGAGACGGGGAACCCCAAGGCGCUGGGGUACAUUGGGAUGCAUUGCGUGCCUGAAGAUGCGGACCUGGACGAGGCGGAGAGCCAGGGCAAGGGGCUGUACGUCCAAGUCGGCGACGAAAUCGAGGUCCUUGAGACGGGGUCGCAUUUGUAUGGGGCCACUGGCAACGACUACUAG